GGUUGUGAGUGUUUGUUCCUCCAAAACCAUACAAAUCCCUUAAUAAUUUCAAAUAAAAUCCUGCAGAAAAUAAAAUACACCCUUUAUUAUUGGGACACCAGUCCAGUUUAAUUUAAAUCGAUUGAUUUGAAAGUCAGUGUCACACAGUUUUUUUUUUUAUAUAGUGUGGCUUUUUCUCGAAUAGUAAAUUUUAAACCCCCUUUAUUCAAGUACAAGCAAAGUUUAGGAUAAGUGAAUACAAAUGAGGCUUACAUCUAGUGCACCCUGUAUAUUAUUAUGUUCCUGAAUGCUGCGAUUACAUCUGAUUUGUGACAUCAAUGUGUACAAUCGGAGAUGGUGUGUAGAGAGGAAAUAUUGACAUGGUUUAAGGACUUGGACAGUUACAAACGGAUCGACAUGCUGUGCGAAUUCAUCACCAUGUGCCUGCCGUUCGAGUUGCGCUUUGUCGGAAGUUUCAUGGAAGAGCUGGGCAAGCACAGCUAUCAGGAGCUGCGGCAGCCCGCCUUCACCGCCAACGAUGUUGACAAAUUGGAAAAGGACGCGACAUUGAAAAGUUUGACUCUAUACGACCAAGAGGGUCGUCAUCGAAUUCUUCUCAAUGUUGCUUUAUUGAAAUCGCGCAAUUACAAUGCUGCCAAUUGGCAUUCGAAAAACUUUCUUAGGACAGAUUAUAUUGAGGAUUUGGUGAUCAAGGAAAAGGCAAAUGAGACAAUUCAAAACGAAUUGUUGACGUUGUAUACUAUGGCGUCUAGGCAUCCUGCUUUUAGUUUCGAACAAAAGGUGUUUUUUCAGCGUGUUUUGGGGCAUUUGUUUGAAUUGCGCGAGAGUAGGUUGAGUAGUAUUAGGUUGCAACAGUGCCGGUAUCCGCCUGGAUUUGAUGCACCCAUCAAUCCUUAUAGGAAAGUGCAAGAAAAUGGUCCAUUUCCGAUAAGUUAUCCCAUGUACCAUCCUCCAGGACUUCCUCCUCCGCCCCAAUUAGAUUUCACUGGUCAAUUUCGUUCUGGAUGGCCUCCUGCAUUAACUUGUGGAGCACCUGAGAUUCCUCCGUUUCCACAACCAUUACCGCUCCAACCGCCACAGCCAUCUACUUCCCCGCUAGUCAGCUCACCAAAUCAAUCGCGGAGCGGUUCGCCUCGGCCUCCAAUCAAACCGCCACCGCUCGCUUUUCCUUCAUCAGUACCGGUGGUACCUCUGAUGCCAGUUGUUCCUAUCGAGCCUCUGACCAGAUCUAGUCAGAGUGAAGACACAAUUAGUACAAUGAAGGCGGACGAUUCACCAAUUUGUUCCAGUAAACCGUGGUUGGAAGGGGGCGGCAAACAGAUCAACGGGCUGCGCGUAGGACCGGCGUAUGCGCAGGCCGUUGCUGCGCCUCCCACUUGCAACGUUCGGAAAUCGCUGGUUGAUCAAAUGCAAGCAAUUGCCAUUGUUGAUGAGAGCAAUAAUAGCCAAUAUCAUUCGUCGAGUAGCAGUAGUCCCCUCCAAACACCGCCAGAUACUCCUUCAAGCUUGAUACCGGUAGUUUCGGCAUCAAAUUGUAUAGUAACUUCCCAUCGAAGCUUACCUUUGGAAAAUAACCGAACAACGAGCGGAAUGCCGCCCUAUAUGCCGCCCUUUCCAGGCCCCAAUGAGAGUAGGACAUCGCCGCCACCGCCGCCCCAGAACGCUUUCACAUAUCCUACUCAGUUUGCGCCAAUUCCAAGAUUUUUUGCUAACGCAAAUUUCCGGCCUCCUAGUACUGCUGUCUUUGGUCAGUUUGCACCUCAGCAGCAACCGCCCGGAGGUGGUACUGACAGCGGCGCCGUCGUCACACCUCCUUACCAAUAUCCCGUACCUUAUUUAUCCUUUAUGUAUUCCAGUUUUCCUCCUUUGCCGCCUCCGGCGUCAGCGGCGCCGCAUCCAGGGGCGGCGGUUCGUACGCCGCCGCUCCCCGGGUGCUUCAAUUGCGGCGCGCCAGGUCAUUUAGGGCAGGAUUGUACUCAGCACAACAUCGACGAUAUUAUUGUACAAAAAAAUGUAUACAGUGUGGAAUUUAGUUCAGACAACUCGGACAUUGAAAAAUAACGAAGAGAGAACCUCAUGAAAUAGAAGAAAGUGCAAGAGAAAGAAGUGUGUAUAAAUAAUUGUACCUAUUAAGGUUUAGCAAGCGAUAAGUCUGUCCGUUAUAUUCAAUUUGUUUUGAUAUCGAUCGAGACAAAAGAAAUUUGAGAAUUGGAGUUGGUAUAUUGAGAAGCGGAUAGAGGCUGAUUUUUUUGAUAAACGAGAGACAAAAGAUAUUUUUUAAAAUAUUGUGAUUUUAUUAAUUAAUAUUUACAGUAGAAUUUUAAACCAUAAAAAUCAGCGCCUGUCUAUAAAUUAAUAGAAAAAAGACCUUCAAUUUUUGAUGUUGCGCUGUGAUUUUGGAAAAGUUAACGCAUAAUACUUGGUUUUAUAAUCAGUUUACAAAACUAUAUAUAUUUUUUUUUUUUGGAAUCUCGCAGCUUUAUAUUGUUUUAACGAAGCUUUGGAAUUGAUUUUAGAUACCAAAUUGUUUACUUAUAAUAAUGCCAUAUUAAUUGUUCGUUUUAGCUUUUAUUUUAUACAACUUUUUUUUUUAAAUAUUUUAAUUGUUUUAUACCAAAACAAGAGCUGAUUAAAUCGCCAUAUUAUUAUUACAACUACUUUUAAUUUAUUAUUAUAUUUUGUUGUGAUUUUUGUUAUAAUUUUGUUUUAAUAUCAAAUUAAUAGGAGCGAUAAUUAUUAACCACUAACCCCCCCCUGUACAAAAUUAUUUUUCAGACAAACUCGCAUAUAUUUUGUGAUAAUUUUUUUUCGCCCUUGUAUAAAAAAUAAUAGACACCAAAGCAAUAUUGUUGUUUUUUUGUAGGAUAGCAUAAAAUUUUAGUGGCGAAAUGUCCGCUCCUACUAAAACCUCUGUACAUUAUCAUUAAGGUUCUACUGUAAAUAAAUAGCAACUACCUAUAACAAUUGAAGUUAAUAUAUUGAUAUAUUUAUAAUACGCAAUCAGUACGACUGAACGUUUAACCUGAUUUGAGAUUGAAUAAAAAGGAAGGUUUUU